CACGUUCAAAAUUCAAUCCUUUAGAGCUUUGAACCCUCUUUGGAAUUCCCCCAAUUGGAAACUGAUCAGCUGGCAGUUUCUGGGAGCUAUAAAAAAUAUUUCAACAUCUGUCAUAGUUUACAUCAUCAAAAGACACCAGUGGAACAACAGUCAUCUUAUAGAGCAGGCUAGCUCCAAUUAUAAGAAAAGAGGUAUACGGGUGUCUGUUCUACUGCGAAGUUCUACUGCAAAGUUCUGCGGCGCAACUUCCGUAUUUUGCUGGGCUACGUUCAAAUGAAAGCAUAACUUCCUUAACUCAUGUGAUACAAACCCAGAUUCAACAAGGAAUCUUUAUCCUGAACUCAAUCGCUGAUUGUCCAUCAAGUUUUUUUGUCAACGAAAAUGAGAAAGCAAUGCUAACUGGAAUGAUGUCUACAAAUGGCGCGAUGUCCAGCGAGUUUAGUGGGGACGGGGUCUUCGAGCCGGAGUUUGAGCUCACCCCUCUGAUAAAAGAAGAGCUCCGCACCACAAUACGCAACCGGAGAAUCAACAGCGGCAAAUCGGACGACUUGAGCUACGAUGACGGUCCUAAACCACAGUACAAGGUGAAUAUUGAUUGUGUGCCACGCCAGCUGACCCCCGAAGAAGAGGAGAAGCGAGAAUUGAGACGGGAUCGCAACCGUGUAGCUGCCGCUAAGUGUCGCAUCAAAAGGAAGACAGAAGUCUGUGGUUUAACAAUGGAAUCUGAGCGGCUGCAGUUGACCAAUGAGAGACUACGUGAAGAGAUCCAGAGACUCAAGGAUGAAAAGAGAGUCAUUCUACAACUGAUUAAUUCACAUCGGCCAUCUUGUAUUGUUACACCACCGAUCAAUGUCCCGGAUGUCCAGAUGGCGCAGGCUACGUCAUCGUCCUACGACUCGGUCAGCGUUGAACAGGAAGGGGUCCUGGAGUUGCUUGGAUACAAUCCCAAGUACAUGCUACCCAUUCCAUCGCACAUAAAACAGCCGUCAAUAUCAAUCCAGGGGAUACAUUUACCAGAAAUGGCUUCGCAAGUGGAGUAUAAUUCGCCAGUAGCAACCCAGACUGGUUGGGAACCGUUUAGUACUCCAUUGGGGUUUCUCUCGGCAAGAUUUGAUGAUGAUGACGAUAAUGGGAACCAGGACAAUGCGGAUUCAUCUUCAAGACACCAUCUUCAAUCAAAGACACCAGUCUCAAAAAGGCCAUAUUGCAGGUCAAUUAGCACCGACUCCGAAGAGUCUGAGGAUGAUGAGUUUGAGCUUCGACCCCUCAUCAAGGAAGAGCUUAGGAAUUCAAUCCAGAAGAGGAGAUGGCAAAUGGGAUUGAUAGACUGGGGCCUGGAAGACUAUGACAAGAAGAGAGGUCCCAAAGACAACAAGCUGACGGGAGAGGAGUUGAAGAAAAGAGAGGACAGGAAGAAUAGAAAUCGACUCGCAGCCGCCAAGUGUCGGCAAAAGAAGCGCAGCCGACAGGAUGAACUGCAAAGGACGAUGGAAUCCCUCGAGACUAGACGAGAUGAGCUGAUGACGCUGAAGGACAAACUGAGUCAAGAGAAGGCACAGCUCCGUCAGAUGGUAGAAGAGCAUUUCAAAUUGUGUAAACCGAGCAUGCCCAGAACAACGUAAUGGAACCCACGACGAAAAACUGGCUUGUUCAAACCGGCGGCUCUGGACCAAAGAACCACGACGUAUAUUACAGAACGUUGACGGGAAAAUGAGUAGGGAAACUUGCAUGCGUGGACGAGAAACCAUCUUUGAAGAAAUUUGUAAAUCACAGAGGACUACAUAUUGAAGACAACCAUACUAUAGUAAUAGUUGACUGAAUCUAUGAUUCUGCUGAUGCAAUUUCAAACUGACUAAAUAUUUUGUCUGAAACUUCAAGACACACUUUCUCAGAAACGGCCGGCUGCGUACCUUAUAGGAAACAGGGAAUCUAGAGGCUUACAGUUGUAUUGGAUUCUGCAGAACUAUAUAUUAUUAGAAGAAAACCGUACUUGUGGAUCUCAAUUUGUAACUAUAUGAUGAUGCAAUUUGAAUUCACUGUGAACAUUUUACUUUUGUAUGAAACUUCAAGAGAACAAUUCUCAGAAAAUUGGAGGGCCUCAAGAGAGCAUGGCCAUCACGGCAGAUACCAAGUUAAAGUGAUAUCUUCGACAGGACGUCUUUAUGUUGUGUACAAAGUCCCAAACUUUUCAUUGAAAGUGACGGUUGAAUAUCGUUUGGCUAUACGAGUCCUCAUGGGAUUUGUUAUGGCUCCAAAAAUUACCUAUAAACUGCCUAUUUAUAUAAACGGAUCUCCCGCAAACUGCACAAACUCUGUAAAUGACUAUUAUAAACUGCCUAUUUAUAUGAACGGAUCUCCCGCAGAUUGCACAAACUCUGUAAAUGACUAUUAUAUGACGAAGAGAAAAUCCACAAGUUACUUAUCAGUUACACUCAAAAGAAUACCCGGGUCAGAUUUGACCCGAAUCCAUGUCACGUUGGGCCCAGCCCUUUAUACGGGUAAGAGGCUUAAAUAACACAUCGUGUUCGUGUGGCAACUCACACCUGUUACCUUCAUGUUAUUCCUUUUCCAGAACUUAGUUGAAUCAAACAUACAAUAUCAGAAACACAAAAGGGAUUUUAUGAGUUUCAUUAACCCAAUGCAAAAUAUGGUCAUAGUUUAUUUUGUGAUGGGCCCCGUAAAAACGAGUGGACAAGGACUAAAAACACUAAUAUUUUUUAGAAGGUUUUGGAAGGUUUCUGAAUAUCACAAUUUUGUUUUAAACAACAUUGUUAACUGCCUUGGAAGCUCAAAGAAUCCGAGUAUGAAAAGCAUGCAAUUUUGUAUUUGAAUGAUAUUGCUUAAGUAAUAUUGAGAAUAACCCAAUGUAUAGGGUUAUCAAUUAGUUUCCCAUUGAGUUUGUAUAACUUUUAUAUACUGAUUGAUCAGCUUGACUUUUGAUAUACAAAAUAUAUUUUAGUAGUUUCUUAUAGGUGAAUACUACAUUGCAUACUAUUUAUGUGUGAAACAAUUCUUUAAUACUAUAGGGAAUACUAUUUAUCUAUGAAUAACUUCUAAUCCCAAUAAUUGAAGGUUGUUGAGCUAAGUUUAUUUAAAAUUUAUUUCAGAUUUUCAAGUAGUCUGCCCUACAUAAAUCACUACUUUUUUAUGGAGUUUAAGUUUGGUAAAAACUAUUGUACCCUAUGGUUUUGUUUUUGUGGAUAUUUAUGCCUCUAUUUAAUUACUUAUUUAUGUCUGUGUUUAUUUCUUAUUUAUUUAUAUAUUGUCUGAAAAAUAACUUGAAAUAAAAUUGUACUUAUUUGCAUGUGAGUUCGAUGAUUAAUGCCUAUACCACUUAUUGUUGUCAUAAAAUGACACUACUGACGCAGAGUUGGAGGAAAUUGCUCUUAGAAUCAUGUUUAACUGGACAAUGUAUAGGAGGUAUAUGGGAUUGUGUCAUUGAUACUACAAACAUGAUUUGGCAAAUCAGUCAGAAUAUGUCAUGAGAAUUCAUACCCAAUAUAUUAAAUCAAAGAAGUGACCAUAAUUGCAUUUAGUUAAAAGGCAGAAACUUCAAUAGGUAUGGAGGCAUCAUCUAGAAGCCGAUGCUUGUGGUGAGAUGCCUGACGGACAGACAAACAGAACAUACACAGAAACAAGAACGUACGGACGAACGUAUAGAACAAGGACAUAAAUGGUAGGGAAAAAACCAAGUCAGCAAGUAGUUUCUACUGAAGACAAGCAGAGUAUACUGAUUGAAACGUCGAGACCACGCCGGCUCUUUUCAGAGCCAAAACUCGCACACACAAAAACAAUUAAAACUUGUUUGUUUCUGCAAGUUCACUAUUUAAUUAAAGUUAAUUCUUAGGUCAAGUUGCGUAAAAAAAAUUUUGACAAAUUAUUUGAUAACAAGCUUUGUUUUGUUAUACUGUGAGGGGAGGGCUCUUUUAUAUAAACGCUUUUGAAUUGAAUCAAUUAAGCGUAACAAAGACACAAUGGGAAAGAGCAGAAACUUUUAGGUUUGUGAAUAUCUUAAAGUCACCUGGAAGUGGUAUUUUUUCAAAAUAAAGCUUUUGUCACCAAUAUAUGUGUUUUGAU